CCUUGUAUGGCCCUAGAGGUCCGGUCUCAAGCGGCUCCUUGGAUAUACGACACUUUAAGUAAGCAAGACCGUUGUGUGGUAGCCUCAAGACACAUGAACAGAACAAGUGUUGGAACCAGGAGAAACCAUCGUGCGAAAAGCACACCACAGGACAUUGGACAACAAGUUUACUGUUGUUAGCGAAGUGUUUAAACUUUAUGACUUCUGAAAUCGUGAUUUGUGAAAUUGUGGACCUUUCUGUCGGUGUUUCGUAUUCGUACAAGUGCCAGGACUAGCAAGAGUUCUACCUGUGUCAGGCAGCGAGUAGAGGAAGUCGCAGUGUGGUAGUCCGAAGUCGUUCUUACAAUUUACUGAAUUCCGCCAACAUUUCAAGCACUCAUCAACAGAUGGUGGACCCGACAAUCACAACAGAGAUAAACCUUGAACCACAGAGCAAGGAACCGAGCUCAAUGAAUACCUGAUGUGAAGAAUUCCUUGUAACUUAAGCUGCAUUCAGCAAUCCGGAUUUUAAAAAGCGAAUUAGGAAGUUCCAUUCCCCGACUUUUUUUCCGGAGCAACCACGAUGCCUUCCCUCUUCUGGCCCCUUGUGGUCCUCUCUCAGCUCUUUGCAGGCGCCAUGUUGGUUACCAUGGUGAUAUGGUUACAGCACCACGUUGGUGGGUUCGUCUGGGGUGCACCUGGGGGAUACCACCCAUUGUUGCUGACGUUAUCAUUGGUAUUCCUCUUCGGCGAAGCCCUCAUAUCCUUCCGUGUUUUAAGCCGCUGUCGCCUCCCAUACCUUGCCCAAAAGGCCAUACACGCGUCCGUCCACACCGUGAUUAUCAUCCUUCUCAUCGCCGGCCUCCGCGCCGCAGCCCUCGCCAAAGAUGCCCAGGAAAUUCACGGUGUUGUUCAUAAUCAUUCCUUGCACAGCUGGCUGGGGUAUUUCACCGUUAUUUUGUUUUGUCUACAGUUUGUCGCAGGAUGUGCUUAUUACGGCGCAGAGCGAUUUCUACGACAGGAUCAUCCGUUGAGGGCGCACUAUCCCCAAGUCCACGUUUUCUUUGGGAUUUUCAUGUUCUCGCUCUCCCUAGCGUCUUGCCUAACGGGGUUGAACGAGCUCUCCAUUUAUAAAAUAGCUGAAUACUCAAGCGGUGUAGCCUCGGGAAACAUUGGUAACAUCUACGGUAUGUCAAUGGUGCUCUUUGGUGGCUCCAUUGCUUUUAUUGUCACGAGGUCAGAGUACAAGACUGACAAGACGUCCACGCAAAACAUAGACUCGCCCCAACAGUGCCAGGCAGCCUAUCACGAUGCCUUACCAAACGUGCACGUUAUGGUUGGUGAUGACAUCACUGAUGAUGUCACGGAUGACGUCAUGGAUGGCGGAGACGGACUGAGGAUGCAAAGCAAGGAUGGUGUUUGAAGUAGU